CUUGAAUACAAGUAACGACGAUGUGCGAUGUGAUUAUGUGUUGCAACAAUAAAAUAAAAAUGUUCUCUCUGAAUCAAAUUGCACAUGGCGGCCAUAAAACACCAUGGAAGCAGCUCUCCGUAGAAAAUAGACCAGAAACAGAUUCUUCACAACAUAAUCGUAAAACAAGGAAAAAGCAUUCUCAAACGUCGGGGCUUAUAGGAGCUUCCAGCCGAAGGCCCUCGCAGCAGCGGAAGUUACGUGGCCGACUCAUUUUCGACUGUGACUCGCUGAAUGCGCUAGUAAUCGGUGGCUCAGGAAACGUGUUUUCCUUCCAACUCGCCAAACAUCAGAAAGGUACGUUUUCUAUCCUAACAUGACCACAACCCGGGAAGACGUUCUGCUGCAGAUGGGUGAGGUACGUUACAAAAAAGGCGACGGAACGCUGUACGUCAUGAACGAACGGAUCGCCUGGAUUGCCGAGCAUCGCGAUACGGUUGCCGUUUCGCAUCGUUUUCAGGAUAUUAAAAUGCAAAAAAUUUCUCCGGAAGGAAAACCGAAAAUCCAACUACAAGUCGUCCUACACGACGGAAACAGUUCAACGUUCCACUUUGUCAACCGCAAUGGGCCCCAGGCACAGAUGGUUGACCGUGAUAAGGUGAAGGAGCUGCUACAGCAGCUGCUACCCAAUUUUAAGCGUAAGAUUGAUAAGGAGCUGGAGGAAAAGAACCGGGUCCUAACCGAGAAUCCUAUGCUGCUGCAGCUAUACAAGGAUCUCGUAAUCACACAAGUGCUACCCAGUGAUGAAUUCUGGGUGAACCAUGCAAAGCAAUAUUUGUCCAAGGAUCAAUCCCAGAAACAGGACAUCGGCGUGUCUGGGGCGUUUCUAGCUGACAUAAAGCCCCAAACGGACGGUUGCAAUGGGCUUCGAUACAAUCUCACCUCCGAUAUUAUUGAGUGCAUCUUCAAGACCUAUCCGGCUGUCAAGCGGAAACAUGCGGAGCACGUUCCUGCCAAGUUAACGGAGUCGGAGUUCUGGACCAAAUUCUUUCAGUCACACUACUUCCAUCGGGAUCGUAUAGCGGCCGGUACCAAAGACAUUUUUACCGAGUGCGGUAAGAUCGACGACCAACAACUAAAGCAAGCAGUUCAGGAUAAUCUUGGUGAUCCGCUUCUGGACAUCCGUUCUUUCGAGGAUAAUACAUUGGAAGAAGGUUUCUGCAGUGCAACCGCUAACAAGCAGACUGUUAACAGUGGCAAUAUCGUGCAUCAGAGCAUGAUCAAGCGGUUCAAUCAGCAUUCAUUUAUGGUACUCAAAACGUGCACCGAUGUAAAGACCCUGAACCAGGGCAUCGGGGCAAUUCUCAAUGCAACUCCUACGGCCGCUAGUAAUGGUGAUGCCAAUGGUAACACUAAGGAUAAAUCGAACAAUAAUAAUCAUUUGGUGAACGGGUUCAACAAAAAGGAAAAACGAGUUCACGAGAACAAUCACAUUGCCAACGGGGACAUCAAUGGUGGUCACAAUGUGGCAUCGACCGAGGAAUCUUCUGUCGAACCUGCCAUAAAACGUGCUCGAAUCCUAGAGAAAAUUCAUUACGAUGAUUUGGAAGAUGACAGCGAUUCGAGCAAACAGUCAAAGCAGUUAAACCUCACAAAAAUUGAACGCUACCUGCACGGACCGGUGCCAACCUCCAGUACUGGUGGGGUAUCAACAGGUUUUCACGAUCCGCAGUUGGAAUACGGCUUGCCCGAUCUGGAAUCGGUGAACAGCUGUAUCAUGCAGGCCACCGGUUCCUGGAAUAAUCGUACACCUCACAAAGUGCUGGUCAGUGCAGCGUCAGCCGUUAAUGCUCUCAUGGAACUAAGUCCUGGUGGAGCACUGAUGAGGGGCUUCCAGGAACAGAGCUUAGCUCAACUUGUGCCUCCCGAUAUCGAGAAGGAAAUUCGCAAUCUCUACCUGUCGCUAUUGGAACUACUGAAACACUUCUGGAAGUGUUUUCCUCCUACCACACCGCAGAUGGAGACGCAAGCAAGCCGGAUGCACGAUGCACUGCAGCGAUUUUCGAUGGCUAAACUGAAGCCGUUUGAGGACCGUGCCAUGAGAGAACUGUUGCCAUUGGGAGCGUCACUGACGCAGCAUUUAAAUCAGCUUUUACAAUCGGCUAAUCGAAAGUACGCCACCUGGCAGGAACGGCAGCGACGUUCGCACAGGUAGCACCAACCAGUAUUGUCGUCGCCUGUUGUACAUCAUCUGCCGUCAAAUCGCCAUCAGCAGCAGCACCGUUAUCAGCAUAAUCACAGCGAUCUGGUCGGUAUAUUUUCCAACGCUCGCAAGCGCUAGUAUAGCAUCACCAUCAUUAGCCGACAACAUCGCCACAGUACCAGCUCGGAAGUUGCUGAAUUUAUCGCAAUUUUCCGAAUAACUUAACCUAUCGGCGAGCUGUGUCUAUCGGUUCCGGUAGGGGUUUCGCACAUCAAUCCGAUUGUAUUUGUUCCAUGUUUUCUAUAGAAUCCGGGUGAAAACACCAGAAUCCAAUUCUGAUUGUCAUUUUAGAUAAUAAAUGAAAAUCUGUUGAACAGUCGAAUGAACUGACCCUAUUAUAGAUUGAAAACAAAUGGAAUGCCUAUCAAAGAGUGAUUGAAUCAAUUAUUUGCACACGCUAAAUCAAAUAAAUGUAAGUGAUAUUGUAAUUAGAAGGAUUGAAAUAGCUUCUGGUAAUGAUACCGUAAAGUUACCUGAUUCUGCACAUUUCACCUACCUACUCUGUAGUCUACUAAUAAUAAUAAACAACAUAACCAAAUGCAGAAUAAUGGCGCGAAUCUCUACUCCAAAACUAGACAUAUUCGCGAUAGUACCAGGAAUAUACAUUUCCAUAAUUUUUUCUAGCAGUAUAUGCGAUAGUUUUUAGAAAACAAUAACCGCCACGUACGGAGUUAGGUAGCGUUAUGGUACCCAUUAUCCGGAAUUCGUAGUCAGUGUCCUGCCUCAUUUGAAGCGACUAAAAACAAAGGAGCAACAAUAACAUGCAAACGACUGAGAAUGCCUUUCCAAAUGAAAUUCCAUGUUUACUAAAACUUCUAGCAAACCAGGAAGAGGCGAUCAAUUAUCCUCAAAUUAGCGCUAUUUCAGCUGAAACCCCGGAGGAGAACACUAAACACUAGUAACAGUAUGUAAGCAGAGGCGAGCAGCCAAAUUAAUGUAUUUGAUUUUUUUUUUUGGAAACUGUUCUCGAUUAGUUCCUAAAACGUUCCGUUUGAAUUAUUUCCUACAUAGUUUGAGAAGAAAUUUUCCUCCUACUGUUACCCAUUUUCGUUACGUUUCAUUUCAUUUGUUUCGUCGCAUAGGAAUUUAUAUAUUUUGAAUUACACGAAAAAACUGAAAAGGCUAUUGUCAAUGGCGUUAGUCUGAAACUUUAACAAUUUUAACGGAUUUCUCAGUUGCAUCUGAUGUGAUUUUUCAGUUGAAGCUUUGAAGAAAUGAUAGAAUUGAAAGCCAAUUAAGCAAAGGAUGGAUUAGAAACGAACGAUUGAUUGUAAAAAAAAGUUCGAGAAUAAUCAGCCAAGUGUUUAAAAAAUAUCACUUAGGUAUAUCGUAACUGUAUGAACAGAAAACGAAUCAAUAAUUAAAUGAGCGUAAACUCAAGAUAGCUUGUUUAUACGGAAAAAAAGCUGACACGAUACUGAAUGGAAAAAUUCUAGACCACAUAUUAAAAAUUCAACAAAUACAA